CGGAGUCGACAGCCGAGUUGAUGCGACGAAGCUGGAGAAAGUGGAUAUUAUCGUCUGGGGAGAAAUCUUGAUUACUGCAGAACUGACAUCACGUUCAAGUUGGAAUCGGGUGUUCUUCGUGCAAAUGAAGACGCAUCACUCGGCAAGCACAAUCUGUACGCCGCAUUUAGUUCCUUCCCGCACAGCGAAUGCCCGCCGUUCCUGCAUAUUGACCUGCACUAGUGCUCGCAUGAUGGCUAAAAGUGGCGAUACAUGGGCAGAUGCAGGUCGCGCAAAAAGAUGUCGCCCGCAAGUCGUCGCACAGGAGUCUCAAGGAAAUAACCGUUGAACUCUGCCGCUACCACACAGUCACAGUCGCAAUAUUGACGGAAAGUCCAAGCAACCGUUGCGAUCGUGCUGCACGUAGCCGCACGUGGAGGGCAGGCGCAAGGCGAGACACUCGACAUUCGUUUGGAAGGCUUCGGCAUAAAAAGGGCGUGGGCUCAACGCCGUUCACAUACCUCCCGACCUCAAGACAUUUACGACUCUCGCCAGCCACCGCCAACGGCUCGAGCAUCACAGGCAUUCACUUGACUCGAUCGAGCUUUUGCAAGGCAUACAGAUAGAAGGCCGCCACUUCUACUCUGUCGACCUGAUUCAAACUUUCGUUUCACAAGCCACGACGACCUCUCCACAGCCAUGCUGCUCUUCGCACUCUUUGUCCUACUUGCAGCUUGCGCCUAUGCACUUCCGCAAGAGGCGACAUGCGCCACCAUCACUCGACAGAUCAUUGUGCCCACGAGGACUGCGACGUACUUGUCGACUGACGUGGUGACGGUGUACCCAACUACUAUCAAGGACCUGGGCAUUUUCACCUUGAUCACGACUCUCUCCGACACGACCACGAUUCAGACAUUGACUAGCACGACAACCACGUGUACCGCGACUGGCGUUGUUUCGGCUCCGAUUUCGACAAGGACUGUCUAUGGAAAAUCAAACUUUGUCACGAAGCGCGAGCUGGGUCUCAACCCCAGACAAGAAGCUGUCUGCACGAAGACAAUCACGUCCUACACCACAUAUGGCCAGACUUACACCUAUGUCCCAGCCGGCAAGACCAGCACUUUCACUGCUCACACGGCAUUCAGCCAAGGCACUGUAACUAGCAUCAAAACCGGCGGCAAGGCAUAUGCCAUUGCAACUGCAUUUGCCGAGCAGCCUACAACUUGCGGAACUGAGACCAUCACUCAGAAGGGCCAAACAGCAACUGUGACCUUGGAUCCGAAGUGUUCCCCAACGGCCAUGAUCAGCGCCUAUGCAGGCUACGGCAUUCAACGUCUGGACAACACACCAUCUGCUGGUGCGACAUGGAAGACUAACACGACUGAUGCCUCGCAAUGCUGUCAGCUAUGUGCAACCUCCUGGCAAUGUGCGGUCUCUGCUUGGGACAUUCGCACCGGCGAGUGUAGGUUGGAGUUUCCAGUGCAAUGGAAUACUGGAGAGCUGAACUGCGGCACCGGUGCCUUCGCGUGGUACGAUGUUGGUCCGUCAACCCCCAUGGAACCGGGCACAGGAUGGUUCUUGGCAGAGCUCUGCGGCAAAGCGACAUAUGGCAACACGAAGCCUGAUGAUGGCACGUAAGGGCGUGCGAUGAUGCUCCAAUUCGACAGAUCGCGAUGAGAACAGCGAAAGGGACUAUGUCACCAUGACAGUGUCAGCGAAGCGGUGAAAAGCGGACAUGCACGACAAGCUGAUAUGUACAAGCCUCAUCAGCAACAGAUGUAUAUAAUGUAUGACUUAAUGAGUAAUGGCGCAGGGAUGGGUAACAUACGAGGCAAUGACAGCACAUUGAAAGGACAAGAACAGUCCAUCUGUACGAAGAAUAGUUCUUUCAACGCGAUCGCAUCCGGAUGCGCUGGCCGAA